AUGGACAAAGCAUGGACUAAACUCCCAAGACACUGGAAGAAGUAUAGAAAAGGUGUUAAGUCUUUUUUAGAUUUUGCCUAUACCACAGGAAGACCUCAAGGACGUGAAAUUUCUUGUCCUUGUGCUCAUUGUGCAAAUUGUAAAUGGGAAAGAAGACAUGUGGUCCGCAAUCAUUUAAUAGCUGUAGGUUUUGUGAAAGGAUAUGAUGUUUGGGUAAACCAUGGAGAGGAUAUACCAUCGCCUAUGAAAAUUAAGGAGGGCACAAAAGAGCAAGAGAACUCACUUGAUGACAUUGGUGGUUUAUUGUAUGACACAUUUAGGAAUGUGGUUGAAGCAGAGGAAAGUAGUGAAGCUCACAAUGAGGAUGCGAGAAAGUUCUACAAGUUGAUUAAUGAGGCAAAAUAA